GAGCUGAAACAACAUAUUUGCCAUUGUCUGCGCUCCAUGGCGCAUCUGAUAGGCGGCAGCGUGCUUUUCUAUUCCAAUAAAAUACCCAAACUAGCGAAAACACUACGCGAUACCAUAAGUCACUUGGGUUUCGGUAGUCCUACGCAUCCAUUUCGCUCACAUGUGACCGACAGCGCGGAUGCGCUAUCCAUUUGGUUCGGCACCGAUAGUUGGGAUCAGAUUGGCAGCGUUGGUGUGCUAAGUGUAGAACGUAUCGGCGCGCUAUUGGCCACCGAGGCGCCGCAGUUGAAUGAAGUGGGAAAAAAACGUUCUGCAAAAUCGAAAACACAUAUCAAUGAUCCAGCCAAGGAUCCAGGGUUUCGUGAGAGCAUCAUCGAUGAGAUGCGCGCGCAGAAGGAUAAAGAGCUGCAAGCGCUUAUUAAGGAAUCACAAUUACGUGGACAGUUCGAGACAAUUGUUUGAAAUGUGUUGGGUAGUUUAAGCACUCGAGAAUUAAAGGAAGUAUGGAUAUCAGAAUAUAUUACAUGUUUCUGAUAAAAUAUUUCAGUACAAUCUAUAAAGCUGUGACUGUA